UGAGGAAGGUCGGUUUUUUUUAAGGUUCACAACCCGACACCGUCCGCGGCCACAGGUAUAAAGGAGCGGUCUGACAGGACACCAGCACAGACCAGCUGAGUUUGCCUGAGACACCACUUCUCCCAACUCUCCAAAAUGAAGUUUAUGUAUCUAGCUUUCGUCACCAUGGUGGCACUGUCUGUAGUGUUCGCUGCCCCAGAGCCACACAAAAAGAAAGGAGGUGGCUUCCUGUCGCGACCAGUGCACCGUGUGGUGCAUCCUGUGGUGCACCACCGCCCUGUAGUGCAUCACCGCCCUGUCGUGCACCACCGUCCUGUCGUGCAACACGUGCCCGUGGUGAAGCAUGUUCCCGUGGUACAGCACGUCCCUGUAGUGAGGCACCCUGUCGUGCACCACGGUCCCGUGCUGAAGGGCGGCCACAAGCUGAAGCACGGCUAGAUGACAACAAUUGUAUUGGGAAGGAAGAUUGCCACUACCUUCGGAUAUUCUUCAUCUUCACCGCCAUCUUCUGACGCACUGGCAGGCUCAUGCCAUUCAUCUCUCACGAAUUUAUCUCACCUACAUAUUUUUGUAUUGAUUCCUUUUUUGUGAUUUUUAAUAAAACUAAAGAUGUA